UAUCUGGAGCAGUUGGGGUGGGCAGGCCCAGCCGGGAGCAAACGGGCUACUGGAGCGGCCGCGAUGAACUGGGCACCCUCUCCAUGGAGAAUGGUCAUGGGCAGACAGCCUCCACCAGCCUACACUUCGGACAGCCUAAACAGUCCAUGGGACCUGCUCUAAAUUCUUCUGCUCCAAAUCCAGCUGAAAUGCCCCAGAUCCUAUCAACCCAUCUGAAUUCUCCACACAGUCGCAAAUAGUCCUCCCCCAGGAAACCAAGCUGGAAGCUGUUUUUUCUUCCCCUAGCGUCCACUGCUAUGCAGGCCCUGGCCACCCACUCCUUGUUAAGUAGAGUGCAGCCCCCCAGCAGGGUUUUCAUUCCAAUCACCCCUGAAUUUAUUGAUCACUUGCUGCAUUCAAGCCCUUUACUCGCUGCUGAGAAUCUGGCAAGAAAACAGGGGCUCCUUGCUGUCCACCGGGAAAGUUGAACAGCGAACCGUUAGCUAGGAGCGUGCGAUAUAGUGCUGAAGGGGAGGUGGUCUGUGCUGGUGUGGGGGCUUCCAGACCUCCAACUGGAGAAGGCGAUCAGUGAGCACGCUGAAGGCUGAGUAGGAGAUGGCCCAGCCCCUCUCGAUGCCCUCUUGCACACAUGACUGUAGAUCUGCCGCAGGAGCAGAUAGAGCGGGUCACUUCUGGAGUCACCCAGCACUAGGUCGGGAAUGCAUAUCUGUCCACGUGGGCCAGGCUGGGGUCCAGAUCGGCAAUGCCUGCUGGGAGCUCUUCUGCCUGGAGCAUGGGAUCCAGGCCGAUGGCACCUUUGGCGCACAGGCCAGCAAGGUCCCUGACGAUGACUCCUUCACCACGUUCUUCAGUGAGACCGGCAACGGGAAGCACGUGCCCCGGGCCGUCAUGGUCGACCUGGAGCCCACAGUGGUGGAUGAGGUUCGGGCAGGAACCUACCGCCACCUCUUCCAUCCAGAGCAGCUGAUCACGGGAAAAGAGGAUGCAGCUAACAACUACGCCCGGGGCCACUACACGGUGGGCAAGGAGAGCAUCGACCUGGUGUUGGACCGCAUCCGCAAGCUGACAGACGCCUGCUCGGGCCUGCAGGGCUUCCUCAUCUUCCACAGCUUCGGGGGCGGCACCGGCUCAGGCUUCACGUCUCUGCUCAUGGAGCGGCUCUCCCUGGACUACGGCAAGAAGUCCAAGCUGGAGUUUGCCAUCUACCCGGCCCCCCAGGUCUCCACAGCCGUGGUGGAGCCUUACAACUCCAUCCUGACCACGCACACGACCCUGGAGCACUCGGACUGCGCCUUCAUGGUGGACAACGAGGCCAUCUACGAUAUCUGCCGGCGCAACCUGGACAUCGAGCGGCCCACGUACACCAACCUCAACCGGCUCAUCAGCCAGAUUGUGUCCUCCAUCACAGCCUCCCUGCGCUUCGACGGCGCCCUCAACGUGGACCUGACUGAGUUCCAGACCAACCUGGUGCCCUAUCCCCGCAUCCACUUCCCGCUGGUUACCUACGCGCCCAUCAUCUCAGCUGAGAAGGCCUACCACGAGCAGCUGUCAGUGGCCGAGAUCACCAGCUCCUGCUUUGAGCCCAACAGCCAGAUGGUGAAGUGCGACCCUCGCCACGGCAAGUACAUGGCCUGCUGCAUGCUCUACCGGGGGGACGUGGUGCCCAAGGACGUGAACGUCGCCAUUGCCGCCAUCAAGACCAAGAGGACAAUCCAGUUUGUGGACUGGUGUCCCACGGGCUUCAAGGUGGGCAUCAACUACCAGCCCCCUACGGUGGUCCCUGGGGGGGACCUGGCCAAGGUACAGCGGGCCGUGUGCAUGCUGAGCAACACCACGGCCAUCGCCGAGGCCUGGGCCCGCCUGGACCACAAGUUUGACCUCAUGUACGCCAAGCGCGCCUUCGUGCACUGGUACGUCGGAGAGGGGAUGGAAGAAGGCGAGUUUUCCGAGGCCCGGGAGGACCUGGCUGCCCUGGAGAAGGAUUAUGAGGAAGUGGGGACUGAUUCAUUUGAAGAAGAGAAUGAAGGGGAGGAAUUUUAAAUACAGAUGUUCCUCCUU